AUGUCUCCUGCCGCCAAAUGCUCACGGCGGCAGAAAAUCAAAGUGGAACUAGAAGCGAGACAAUUGAACUCUCAAGAGCUAUGGCGCUUGCAACAAGAAAUGCUGAAAGCCGGCAGCGCUCCAUGUCUCAUGGAGGCAGCGCGGCAGCUGCUGCAAGUCGAACACUACGACGCCGUGGUGGAGGAACGCUCCCUGGAGGGGCUCUGUGGCCAUCCACCCUGCAGUGAGGCCGUCUUGGAGGUGCCGGAACGAAAGCGUUGGUCCGUGAACUACGCCACCAGAGAGGUCAUUGAGACGGCAGAGCUCAGGAAGUUCUGUGGUCCCAGCUGUCGCAAGGAAAGCCUUCGCUUCCGAGCGUCACUUCAGCCAGAGCCCAUCUACUUGCGCCCCAACUCUGCAGUGCUGGCAGCGCGGAAAGCUACUGGUUUAGAGCCCAAAGGAUAUCCUGUCAAAGAGAUUGAGCCAAUUGAAGAGACCAAAGAGACCAAAGAGGUGAAGGAGAUACCCAAGGUCCGCCCCAAGACCUUAGUUCGCUUCUCACGAGAACGGCAGUCCUAUUCCAUGCAUUACAGCGACUACGAUGGUGGCGGAGCACUGCCCGACGUUCCAUCUGUGAAGGAUGAGCCCCUGCGGCCCAAAGAAAUCGGCGCCGUUCGCGAACGACGGGAUGCUCGCGAGGCCGCGCAGCCGGAGCAUCCAAAGCAACAUGGCAAGGUGGCCGAACCAGCUGAACCGCAAGACUUUAGCGACAGCGAUGGAGAAGGUGAUCUUUACGAUCCAGACGUGGUUCCUGAUGGUAAGUGUUCUACCCCUUGGAUCCACGUUUGGAAUACGUUGAACACCUGGAUGACUGAAGCGGCACUGGAGGUGUUGAGAGGUGGCAGCCUGGAGGUCCCUCAGGAUCGAAGACCUGCCCACAAGGGCCGUCGAGAUUUGCUCACUGAGUUGCUCACUUCACGGUUGCCCGGGGAGUUCUCCUUCCUCGCAACGCGUUUCUAUGAGUUUGUGUCCAGUUUGGGAGUUCAUCAGACAUUGCCUUCGGUCACGAAGCACCGACUCUACGACCUGCUUGCAGUGAUUUUGAUGCUUCAGCUGUACCGCAUGGAUGCGCAACGCGGCCUCUUCGAGCUCGAUGACUCACACGUGAAGUCAUUGGAGUCGCGAAUGAAGGAGGCAGCAACUGCUUUCAACAUCUCGGAGAAGGACUUGGAGAUUCUGCUUGAGCUGGUCUCACAUCGCUCCUGUGUCUUUGCUGCCACAGCUACCACAGCUAUUGCAGCGUUCAGCCCCUGGUCCGAUGGCAUCGCUCAGGCUGGCAGGAAGUUUGAGUGUAAAGAGAUUUGGAGUUUUUGCAUGAAGAUCACAGGUUUUCACUUCAAGCUCCGAGAUGGCUCACGCAAGACGGUAUCAGUGCCAUCAGGCACAACUGUACUGGAAGCUGCACAUCAAAACCAGGUCGACUUGGAGGGUGCUUGCGAAGCAUCUUUGGCAUGCUCGACGUGCCAUGUGAUUUUGACUCCGGACGACUACAACAAGUACGGCGAGCCAACUGAGAAAGAAGAGGACUUGCUGGACUUAGCGCCGUGCCUCACUCCUACGUCCCGGCUGGCCUGUCAGGUUGUAGUGGACGAGCGGCUGAAGGAUCAAGAGGUCUCCUUACCUGCGAUGAAAGCAGAUGCUCGUGGCAUUGCCUACCGCCAGAGCAUGAGCUUGAAAGACAAGGAUCGAAAGAUCGCAGAGUUCGGAUCUGUGGUCCAUGGGACCCAAAGAUGCAGCGAGGAUGGGACGAUGUGGCUGCAGGUGCAGAACUUGUACCUCCCAAUGAAGGUGGCCGACAAGGACAUCCUGCUGCCGGUCUGGUGGGACCGGGCCCGCGCUUCCCACGCCCAUGCUGCGCCCGAAGAUCCCGUGCUACGCCACGUGAAUCGUACCCGCGCCGCGUUGGCUACGCCGGCACCACAGCAAGAGGUGGAGACAGAGACCUUUGACAGCCCACCAGAAGCGACUGGGCUCCGGUUGAAAUGA